AUGGAUCCAGGAUCACAGGAGGAUCAAGUGAUCAACCACCAAAAUACUCUGGAUUUGGAGCCACAGGGUUUCGCUGGAGUGACUCCACGUUGGAUCCACGCCUCUCGAUCCUUCAACGUGCUAAAGGCCAAGAUCGUCAGAACUCCGAUCUUACGAGACUUUGAUCCAGAUCAAAGUGUUACGGUUGUGGUGUAUGUUAGCGACUGGUCCAUUUCGGGAUCGUUGGUGCAGGAGUAUGACUACCCCGUAAUGUUUGCUAGCAGUACCUUGAAGUCAAAUGAGCUGAAUUAUGGCAUCGCGGAGAAGGCGGUACUGGCCUUGCUGAGGAUUCUAGAUCUUAACACAAUGCCUUGGUUGGACGUCCGCUCCAUUCGGUGGGAUGACUUACUGUUGCCGUGGACUAUCGAGAUCACUAAGUGUGUCAUGGGUGAAGAUGAGAUCCUGGGAGCAUUGGCAGUGAGUAUUACGCCUAGAGCACAGGUGGUUAAGGAGUUUUUCUCGAUUUCCCGUACAACGGAGUUGAGGCGUAUGAUCCAGGCUCCGAUCUCCAAUUUAGGACGCGAUGAGUAUCUAUACACUGUUAGUGUCGACGGAUCUACUCGUGUCAAAAAAGGUGUGGCGCCUACAGCGCGAUCUUGUGGAAUGGAGAGUGUUAAAGGUAACGAAGCUGAAUUUCAUGGAUUGGUGUUUAUGUUUGGAUCUGUUGGAAGAUUUGGAUCCACGACGUCUAGCGAUCCGGGGGGAUUCGAGCCUGGUGAGAUCGAUUGUAAGGCACCGGGUCUGACACUGCUACGCCUGAUGGCUCUAGAUUGCUACGAACGUGGCCGGAUCACGAGCUGUGGCAUGUUAAACAAGAUUAUGUGCAUGAUCUAG